UCCGAUUCCUCUCUCUGCGAUUCUUCUCUGAAACCCUCUUCUCCACUCCUUCCUCACCCUUUUCUCUGCUGCAUCUCUUGGCACCGAUAAGGCAUUUUGGCUCCAGCUACUGCAUCUCUUGGCACCGAGAAGGUUAUUCAGGCUCCAGCUGCUGCGUCUCCAGGCUAUUUAUUGAGAAGGCGAUCUUGAUCGUUCAUCCUUGUUCCAUCCUCAGGAAACUACGCAUCUCCAUUCUCAGGUGUUUCCUGUUGGGAUUCCAAAAUGCCGGCGACAGCAGGUAGGGUUCGCAUGCCCGCGAACAACCGCGUGCACAGUAGCGCGGCCCUACAAACCCAUGGUAUCUGGCAGAGUGCGAUUGGUUAUGAUCCGUAUGCUCCCGACAAGAAUGACUCUAAGCAGGCUGGUGGAAUAAAGGCUUCAAAUUCCUCUGAACCGGAGGCUGAGAAUGCUUAUGCCAGCUUCCAAGGGCUGCUUGCCCUCGCCCGUGUCACCAGUUCCAAUGCCGAUGAAGCCCGCGGCGCCUGCAAGAAAUGUGGCCGCGUUGGCCACCUCACCUUCCAGUGCCGGAAUUUCCUCAGUGUCAAGUGUGACGACAAAGAGAAAGAUUCUGACACCCUUCAGGCCGGGGCGUCGGCAUUAGAUAAAUCGAGGUCAAAUGGAGCGGGCCGCAAUGCCAUUGAGGAGAGCACGGAGGAGAGCUCCGAGGAGAGCGAGACUUCGGACUCCAGUGUGGAUUCAGAGAUUGAGCGGAUUAUUGCUGCUCGGUUUGGGAAGAAGAGCAGUACAAAGGUGAAGUCGUCAUCGAGAAAGAAACGGGUGGAGGACGGAUCAGAUUCUGGAGAGGAGAGGAAGAGAGGUAGGUCAAAGAAUAGGAGAAGCAGAAAAGGAGCUCGUAGUGAUUCAGAGGAUGAUGAGGAAAAUGAUAGGAAGAGAAGGAAGGAGAAGAGGAGACAUGAUUACUCAGAUGAUGAGGAUGAUGGGCAUCACCAUCAUAGGAGGAGGAAGGAGAAGAAGAAGAGUCAUGGAUACUCAGAUGAUGAAGAUGAUGGGCAUCGACAUCGGCAUCGGAGUAGGAAGGAGAAGAAAAGGAGUCAUCAUCAUUCUGAUGAUUUGGAUGAUUCUAAGGAGGAAAAGCAUCAUAAGCGGAAGGACAGGAGGUCUGCAUCAUCUAAAGAUUCUGGAAGUAGCAGCUCUGAUGAUACACGGGUUGGUAGGGGAACAAAGCGGUCAGGAAAGAGGAGCAGGAAACAUUAGUGGCGGGCGGUGAUGUGAAAAGUGUCUCGAUGGUAAUCUCAUCAUAUAACAUUUGACCAAUCCUUCUAUUACUCGUUGAAAUGCAUCUUAAAAGUUAUUAAAAUGCAUUUAAGAUGCUUGUUUUGAGACGGAUUUGUGUUGGUUUCUCUUUUUCUGCCUUUUUUAUUUUUAUUUUUUAUGUGGAGCAGUUGUUUGUCUGUUUACAUUCCCUCAUGGUAUUGUUGGUUUGUUCCUGCUUCUAUAUGCAAUGCAUGACUGUUUUGGUGAUUGGAUCAAUGAAAUUGGUUGUGGUCGCCGAGAAAGGAUUUCUGUUAUAAACAAAAUGUAAUGCAAAUGUCAAAUAUGUGGAUUCUUGUGUUAUUCUAAUGGAAUAUGGGCAUAUUAGUUUAUUGCA